AUGGGCCCAUAUCCUCAUCACUCCAUUUCACAGUUUAAUUCUCUUAUUGACAUUGAGAGACCUGCGAAAAAUGUUGAACAUGAGGACAUGGCUGGAAAAAUGAAAAGCCUGGAACAAGCUAUGAAGAACUUACAAGGAUUGGGAGGUUAUAAAAGUGUCUCGUUCAGAGAUUUGUGCAUGUUUCCCGACAUUCAUCUACCCCUCGGAUUCAAGACUCCGAAGUUUGAGAAGUAUGAUGGUCAUGGUGACCCCGUAGCACAUUUGAAGAAGUAUUGUAAUCAACUAAGAGGAGUAGGGGUUAAGCAAGAAUUGCUUAUGGCUUAUUUCGGUGAGAGUUUGACGGGGUUAACCUCAGAAUGGUUCAUUGACCAAGACGUUACUAAGUGGCAUAUUUGGGACGACAUGGCUCAAGAGUUUGUGCAGCAAUUCCAAUACAAUAUAGACUUAGUCCCUUACAAGAAGUCUCUGAUCAAUUUGAAGAAGAAAUCUAUAGAAAAUUUCAGGGAAUUUGCCAUUAGGUGGGGAGAGCAAGCUGCCAAGGUGAGACCGCCACUGAAAGAAAGCAAAAUUGUGGAGACUUUUCUCCAAGCUCAAAAUGAAGAAUACUAUCAACAUAUGCUCCCUGCCUUGGGAAAAUCGUUUGUUGAGGCCAUGAAAAUGGGGGAGAUGGUAGAAGAUGGGAUCAGAACAGGGCGUAUUGUGAGUUUCACUACCCUAAAGUCCACCACACAUGCGAUUCAAGGUGGGUCAAGGAAUUUCAGGAUAAAGAGCGAUGGAAAUGAUGAUGUUGCAAUGAUUGUAUCUGGCCAACGCCGUCACUACCCUCAACCUCAACGUCGAUCACCAAAUUACACACAAUGGCAAGCACCAAUGCCACAUAACCCUUAUCUGCCUUCACAGAAUUUCCAAGCACCAUAUAAUCCUCGUUCAAGGUCGGAGUACGGAAGGAGACAGAAGCCAAGAGACAGUUUCACACCAAUUGGAAAAUCUUAUUCGAGCUUAUUCCAGAAAUUAAGACAUAUGGGUAUGAUCACUCCUCUUUUUGGGUAUACUCCUGACCCGCAUUCAAAAAGUUUUGAUCCCACCGUACGAUGUGCAUAUCAUUAUGAUAUCCAGGGAUACAGUACUGAAGAUUGUCGCACUUUGAAAAGAGAAAUAGAAAGAAUGAUUUAA